AUGAGCGACUAUUCAUCGUUGAAAGUGGCUGAUUUGAAGGCCGAGUGCAAGAAGCGCGGCGUCCCUCAGACUGGCCUUCGCCUCAAGCAGCAGUUCAUUGACAAAUUGAUUGAGCUUGACUCACAAACAAACCAGGUUACAACCGAAGAAGCGGCUCUAGCAGAAGAACCCACCGAACCACAGCCAUCUGCGCCGGAUGCUGUUUCACAAGAAAAGUCUCAGCCCGAACAACCGCAGGAUGAAGAGCUUGAACAAUCAAAGGAAGAACCAAUUUCACAACCCGCGGAAACAACAGCACCUGUGUCAGGAUCGGAUCGAGCUCAAGAUAGACAAACACAAGCAGAUGAGCCGACCCAAGGAGAGGCAGUUUCGGCAACUGAUGUGAAAUCGCAAAAUGUUGAACAUAUCGCAAAGCCUGCGGAGGAGGCACAAGCAGAGACAAUUACCCCCAAAGAUCAAACCCCUACAGCUGCACCUUCCCAGCCACAAAUGGAUGAGACAGCCCAAGAUGCGAAGAACGAGGACCCCAAGAAGACACAAGAAAAAUCAGUCUCCGCUGCCCAAACAUCUGAGGUUGACACCGGAUUAUCGACACCUCUCCUAGUGGAAGAGGCAUUGGAGGAUACACGCAAACGGAAACGCCGCAGCCAGAGCCCUGCUCCUACUCUAGAAGAGAUUGCAAAUAGGAAGGCUCGCGCGAAGGAAACAACCCCACGCGUGUUGCUGAAAGACGAUGAGGUGCCAGUUUCGCGCGACAAGGGGCUCAAUGAUUUAAAAUCUGAAGACCAAAAAGCAGCGGAGGACCACACAGACAAACAACCUAUCGAGACGCAAACAGACUCGCACAAAACCCCAACCAAGCAAGACGCUCGGUUCCGCAACCUGUUUCCACCUGAUGUGGACACCACCCCCGCGUUGCACGCUGCAACUUCUGCCCUCUACAUCGACGGCCUCAUGCGGCCCCUCCAGCCGGUUGCACUCCGCAAACACCUGGCCAGCCUCGCAUCCACCCCCGAAACCACAGAUUCCGAUGCCAUCAUUGACUUCUAUCUCGAUUCUAUCAAAACCCACUGUUUUGUGAGCUUCACCAGUCUCGCAGCAGCUUCGCGGGUUCGUUCUGCCGUUCAUGGGACUGUGUGGCCCAACGAACGCAAUCGCAAGAAUCUCCGAGCAGAUUUUAUCCCUGACGAGAAGAUCAAGGAAUGGAUUGAGACAGAAGAGAAAUCCCGAGACCGCGCUGGCCCUGCUGCCCGUUGGGAAGUGAGAUAUGAGACAUCUGAUGAUGGAACCACGGCUACUCUUGCUGAGGUGGGCUCCGCUCCCUCUGGGCGACGUGAAUCAGGUUUUAACCGUACUCCUCCCUUGGGCCCGCGCCGCGAUACUGAACAGUUUGACCGUCGCCCUUCCGGCGUGCCUCCCGCGGCUCCCGGCCCCCCAUCACGACCUGGGCAGGGUUUUAAGCCCCUGGAUGAAUUGUUCGAAUCUACUACUACAAAGCCAAAGCUGUACUACCUUCCCGUUCCACGCCCCGUCGCCGAUAAACGUCUAGAUCAAUUCGAUGAGCUGAUUCAGAAGGGCACAUUCCCACGUCGUGGUGGUGAUGAGAUGCGGCGAAUCACUUUCGAAGAUGAGGAUAAGUUCGUGGACAUCGGCCCUGAACGAUUUGGACCUGGCCCUCGAUCUGGUGCCGGUCCUCGUGGACGGGGACGUGGUGGACGGCGUGGGGAUUCAUGGCGCUCUUGA